CUUUGGGCUCCGCGCGUUUUAAUGCGAUGGUGUCCCCACGGGAUCAAAUUUCAGCGUCAUAGCUGGGGACUGGCUUCGCGGUCCCUGAUGGGAGAGCAUGAGCAGGUGGUAUGUGCAACCCUCUUCUGGUCGGCCUACCCCUGGACCUUGACUAUUCGGUGCCUCGCUACUGUUCACCUUCCUCACCUUCCAACGUGUGUUUGUCUGCUAACAAGAAGUGUGACAAGUGCUGUGAAAAGACCUUGGAAUAUACAUUUCACUGGUCCAGGACCCCGGAGGCAGAGACCUUGGAGCCAGCUGCACCUGAGAACACAGCAACGGUUGAAGCCUGGAGGCCAGGGAGGGACUCAGAGCCUCAGUCACGUGGGUCUCCCCCGCUCCCCAGUUCAGACUCACCAGAGCACUGUAAUGACCAGGACCUUCCGAAGAGGAAUCCCAGCAACACUAAGAAGCCCUUGGAGACCUGCUCUUCUAAAACCAAAGUUAAGUCCACAGUAAUGAUUCCCGACUGCCAGAAGCUUCUGAGAUGUGAACUGGAGUCACUCAAGAGCCAGCUACAGGCCCAGACCAAGGCUUUCGAGUUCCUAAACCACUCAGUGACUCUGUUGGAGAAGGAGAGCUGCCUGCAGCAAAUCAAGAUCCAACAGCUGGAAGAGGUUCUGGGCCCCACCAGCCGCCAGACAGACAAAAAGGAACACAAGUGGGAUGUGGAGGAGGGACGGCAGGAGCUAUAUGGGGCCCUGGCUCAAGGCCUGCAGGGGCUGCAGAAGACCCUGCGUGACAAUGAGGAGGUACAGCGGGCCCGAACCACCCGCUGCCUGCAGCUGCUGGCCCAGGAGAUCCGGGACAGCAAGAAGUUCCUGUGGGAAGAGCUAGAGCUGGUGCGGGAGGAAGUGACCUUCAUUUAUCAAAAGCUCCAGGCGCAGGAAGAGGAGAUCACGGAGAACCUGGUGAACAUCCAAAAGAUGCAGAAGACACAGGUGAAGUGCCGCAAGGUCCUGACCAAGAUGAGGCAGCAGGGGUAUGAGACAUCCAACUGGCCGGAGCCUAAGGAGUUGCCACCAGGAGGCAGUGGCUCCUGGAGGGAUGACCUCCAGAAAGAGCUGGGUGACAUAUGGGCUGCUGUGCACGUGCUUCAGAACUCCUUUGAUGACCUCGCCAUAUCCUCGAGGGGCCGCCCCAGGGCCGCAAGCCUCAGGGGUUAUAAGGGGCACCGAUGCCUGAGCCCUCCACUCCCCUCCUGGGACUCAAACUCGGAUUCAGACCAGGACCCUUCCCAGCUACAACUCAACAAGAGCUGCUCCUUCCCACCUGCCUGAGCAGCUGGGACUGCUCUCCCUGAAGACCCCUCCAGAGAGAAAAUAAACUAGCUGAGACCCUCCUUCACCUGUG